UGUCUCUGGCUCGCGUUCUCGCGCAGCGCUGGAGCUGACCGUGGUGCUGAUCGCCGCACGCUCGCUCAAAAUGACAUGCACGAGCGUCAGUAUCUGAACACCUCCGACACUGAACUUGACGCUCCCUCACAACCUUCAGUAUCGAAGGAAAGCCUGAAAUAAUCAAGCAUGAAUCUGAAGUGAGACGGAAGCGUUUUGGAAGUCGACGGAAAGUCAAUAUUUAACCUGAUGCUGACAUGGACGUUCCGGCACGUGUUUAAAUGGGAUUUGCGAACAUGAUGUCCAUCGUGAGAUUUUUACCGUACUUUAUUUAAGAUGUGUUUAUUUGGAUGAAUUUAUAUUCAUAAUGUUGCUAUAAACAAACCCGUUUAGAAGCAAAGGAAGAUAACUACAUCUGUUUGGAUUCUUGGACAUUUGAAGUGGAGAUAUGGCUCGCGUUCUUGUCCUUGUUAACUCAGUCGGACUGUUGCUCUUCGGUAGUGAAAUGUUUCUGGUGGGAGCAAAUCGUCCACCUGCUCCAGUUAAUGUGUCGGUCAUGCACCUGAGAGCUGAUUCGGCAACCGUAUCAUGGGAGGUGCCGGAGGGUGACAUCAUUAUUGGCUUUUCCAUCUCCCAACAGAGAAUGGACGGCAAAAUGCAGAGGUUUAUCCGGGAGGUGAACACCACAAGCAGAUCCUGUGUGCUGUGGGACCUGGAGGAGGAGACGGAUUACAUUAUUCAGGUGCAGUCAAUCGGGCUGUACGGAGAGAGUCAGGCCAGCAAACGUGUCCACUUCAGAACCCUGAAGAAAACGGACCGCUUCCCCUCGAACAGUUCGAACCAAGAUGACCCGACUGUCCAAGGCCUGGAUAAAGCUCGACACCUGCAGACAGGAGAGAUGAUCAUCAUUGUGGUGGUGCUUCUUAUGUGGGCAGCCGUAAUUGCCUUGUUUUGCCGGCAGUAUGACAUAAUAAAGGACAACGAUUCCAGCAACAGCAAAGAGAAGGUAAAACCAUCCUCAGAGAGAAGCACACCAGAGCACCACAGCGGAGGUCUGCUGCGGAGCAAGUUCCACCAGUCUGUGCCAUCUAUCAACAUCAUUGAGGUGUGAUGGGAGUAUCGUAGACGUCAGUCACGCCCACCCGGAAUAUCAGGAUGACAGUAUGUCGACCCUUUCAUCACCACACCGUCAAAAAUCCAUCAGCUACUCCGCAGUACUGGCCCACCCAUAUACACAUAUUAAAGCAAUCUACUGGGACUGUAAAUAACAUAUUGCGUAUAUGACUGGAUGUCUAUAUUUUAUGAUGGAUAGAGGAACUCCUAAAACUCUUACUGCAAUAUAUCAGACUAAAUCUGCGAUUUUUUUCUCUUGUAUAGAAAAGGAAGGAAUGUGUAUUUUUGUAAUGGUCCUGAAGUAUGACAGGGUUUCUACUCUUUAUUAGCUCGUUUUGUUUGUGCAUGCAACUUUCGUGGUCUGAUAGGAUGUGUACAGAAGACGGUCUUGAGAUUAAAGAAACAGUUCACCCAAAAAUGAACCCAAUGCAUUUUUAAUAAAGUUUAUUUAUUUAUUAUUAUUCUGAUUCAAACAGAUUUGAAGAAAUUUAGCAUUACAUCACCUGUUCACCAGUGGAUCCUCUGCAGUGAAUGGGUGUUGUCAGAAUGAGUCCAAAUGGCUGAUGAAAACAAUCGACAUGGCUCCAGUUUAUCAUUUAACAUCUUGUGAAGUGAAAACCUGCAUGUUUGUAAUAAAUCAAGACGUUUUUAAGCAAACCAUUGCUUCCAGCUAAAAUAUGAGUCCUCUAUUCAUAAUAUUGCUUUCUCAAGUGAAAAAAUGAUCUUGUCUGAAUCAGGAGAGAAAUAUACACGAUCAAGCACUGUUUACAAACGAAAACAGUCCAAAAUAUUUCUAAACACUUUUUACUUCACAAGACAUGAAUUGAUAUAUUGGGGUUGUUUGGAUUACUUGUGGGUUAUUGUGAUAUUUUUAUCAGCUGUUUGGACUCUCAUUCUGACGGCACCCAUUCACUGCAGAGGAUCUAUUCGUGGGCAAGUGAUGUAAUGCUAAAUUUCUCUAAAUCUGUUCUGAUAAAGAAACAAACUCACCUAUAUCUUGGAUGGCCUGAGCUUGCGUAUUUUCUGCAAAUUUUAAAUUUUUAGGUGAAUUGUUUCAAGUUUGUGCUCUUAUUUUAUUAGUCUGUAAAUGUGGUGGAAUUGUGUCUGUUCUGCCUAUUAAAGAGAACAGACUUAUGCCAAAUCGCUCUGCUUGCAAACAGUUUCAUCUCUUCACCUUCCUUAACGGUUUUUAUGUCUCCUAAAUAUGCUAGUAAUAUUUAUUUGCGUAUUUACCCAGUCACUAUGUUAUCAUUUAAAAACAUUACAACCUGAAUAAUGUACAUAGAUGCUAAUCUUACUGUGUAAAAAAGAAUAUCCUGACUGAAUUAUUCUUCAUUUUAAAGAAUAUAAAGAUGACUAAACCUAAUGAUGAAAAGUGCAUGCAUACAUAGUUUUGCAUUUAUGCUCUUAGUUCAUGGUUCCUCUUUUAAAUUAGUUGAUCUAUCUGUUUUAAUAAAGAUAAUGAAUGACUUGA